UGAGAAUUUAUUUGUGUCAAUGUAACAAAAAAAGCAAAAUUGUUGUUUUCAUUAUUCAUUGUCUAUCUAUAUUCGUAGAUACCGAAUCAUUUUUAAAUAUUAUUUAACAUGGUGUGAAUAUAUUAACUUGAAUAUGAUUAUCUAUUCCAAUAUAUUGCGAAGAAAAUACACAAGAUCUAAUAGUCACAAUGAAAAGUGGGAAAGCAGACAAUGCAAGUAGUUCCUGGAAUGAUUACCAGUGGACCUGUAAACAUUGUAAAACAACAUUGAAAAACUUGGAGGAUGUCAGGGUACAUAGCAAAGAGGCACAUAAUAAUUGCUACGCAUUCAGUUGUGUAGAUUGCGAACAAGACUUGAACUCGUUCAAUGCUUUUGUAGAGCAUGUCAGAGUGCAUAGAGAAUAUUUGAGAUUAUUCUGCCAGUACUGUAAUCAAAAGUUUAAAAACAAAGACGAGUGUACCCAGCACACGCUAUCCCAUUGGUCAGGCAAUCAAAGAAUUUGUGAUCGUUGUGGAGAAAUAUUUCCGGACCAGAAAGAUUUGACAGAUCACAAAAAAAAGUACAAGAAGUAAUUUUAAGCCUUACAGCGUCGACAAGCCUACAUUACUUAGAUAUUAUGUUUAUUUCAACAAAAUAAAUAAAUAAAUGUACUACAAAUUUAUACAAAUCUUCUAUAAAAAUAGCUUUCGUUGUGACAAUUUAUUAUUUAGUUUAAUAUAAAACCCAGUUUACUAUAAUAUGGAAUUAAUAUACUCAAUGAGGCGUAAGCCUCUAAAAUGUGAACCACCGCAUUUCGAAAGCCCAACCGACAAAGAAGUGAUUCGUCCCAUUUGCACCAUAUCCACGGCCAAUAUCAUCGCAUUUUCAUCCCCCACGGAGUUGAAUGAUGCCGAGGGUGACACGUGGGGCGGCCAUGUUUAUGUUUGUGACCUGGACACCCCUUGGGAUAGCCACAAAGUGACCAGUACCACUUAUCCUGUGUCAACCCUGGAAUGGGACAUCGAAGGCCGUCACCUGCUUGUGGGCACAACGGAGGGCGAAGUGUCAGUGUUCACCCAGAAAGACUAUCUGCUCAACUCUUGGAAUUGCCUGUAUACAUACAACUUUCCAGGCGAGCACAUAAUAAAGGCAACGUUCUUCCACAACGGGCGACGCAUCGUGGCUCUGGACAAGAAGCCCGACGCUCCGAUCACAGAGCGGCUUCAGGUGACGAGGUCCACACCUACACUCAAAGGCUUCGGCGGCGUCCCGAUAGACGGCGCUGUGGUGGUGACCGCGCACGGUGUGGUCGGCGCGCUCGUGGCGCGCGACGCGGGCGCGCUCACCGCCAGCGACGCGCUGCGCCAUGCGCGCGCUCGUCUCCUCAGCGCCAGUCUCGCGCACAAGAAUGGCAACAUUUUCAUAGCGGCGUGGUGCGUGUCGUCCGGCACCGCUUACGUCCGCUGCAGCGUUUGUACCGUUCGCGGCGCGCGUAACGCGCCCGCGUCCCUCACCCUGCAGCCUCUGCCCGCGCUACCCCUCGUUGAUAACACCGCAGUGUCGCUGUCGUGGUGCCUCAGAGAGGACGCAGACUCGCUCCUCAUCGCCGGCUCCAAGCUGACGCUGUGGAAGCUGACCGAGCGGUCGCAUCCCGUACACAAACUGCUGUCUAAAGGCCCAUUACAGGGCAGUACGACCCCCGGCGGAGGUCAGAAACCUGCUACAGAUUGCUUCAACACUGUCGUGUGGCAGCAGACAGCGGCGUGGACGAUCGAAGGCGGCGUAGCGACACAGAUAGUGAGCAGCAAGUGCCCGCUGUCCGGCCACGCCGUGCUGGCCACGCCGCGCCAUCUGCAUCUGCUGGCCCGGGACACGCACCACUACUUAUGUUCCCGCCCCGUGAUAACGAGCGGCGGGGGCGCCAGUCCGCCGCCCACGGCCGGGACUCCGCCCAAGAAGCCCAAAUACGGCGCUGGGGCGCUGCCAGCCGGGUCGCCAAGCGCGAUAGUGUCGUGCGUGGAGCUGUCGCAGCUGGGCGGCGUGCUGGUGUGUGUGGACUCGCAUGCGCAGCUGCACGUGUACCGGACUCUGCAGCCGUGGGUCGAUAUACCAAGCGGUCUGUCAGUACAGCACGCGACAUCGGUUCUAGAAUACGGCACGGUGGCCGGUUACGAUUGUCUCGACAUACUUCUCACGCUCAAACACAAUAUAGUCGAAGCUGUUUAUGAACGAGUAACAGAAAACUUUCAAAGACAGCUGCCGGCUUUCCAGCAGUUCUACUUCCACAGCUGGCUCAAACUCAGGAUGGCUUUGUGCAGACUGCACCCCAACAUGCAGGUGUCGGCGUCGUGGCUGACGAGCUUGCUGAGCUGCCGCGCGGCCGCCGCGGCGCUGCCGGCCGCCGACCACUGCGACCUCGCGCCCGCCGACGACCACGACAACAAGCUGCAGCUGCAGCCGGCGGAGGCGGGCGAGGCGGCGCUGCAGCGCGCUGCGCACGUCGCGCUCACGGCGCUGGCUGCCAGGCUGCACGCCACCAACCAUAACCACUACGAGCUGCUGUCGGACCCGAGCGCGGUGUCGCUGCUGCGCAAGCUGGCGGCGUGCGCGCGCUCGCACGCGCUCGUGCGCGUGCUCGCACGCCUCGCCGCGCCCGCCGUCUCCGCCGCCUCCGCCGCCUCCACCGCGCCAGCCAAGGGCAGCGACCUCAUGGAGGAGUGCGCUGUGUUGACAGCUCAACAAUCGUCGCCGCGCGUGUGGGAGUCGCUGCCUCGCUGUUGCGUCUCGUAUCCCAACGGCAGACAGUGGCCGUUAUAUUUUGAAUAUGGGGUCGAGCCAGAAAAUUUGCGCGUAUCUCCCGAACCGCCAAUCUUUGCACAGGCCGAUACAAUUAACCCAUCAACACACAUGGAUGCCAUUAGAUACAUGUACCUGGGCGGCGGCUGGCAGCCGGCGCGCUGGCGGCAGUGCGCGCGCUGCGGCGUGCGCUCGCUGCGCGCGCCGCGUGCUCCGCGCGCGCUGCACGCCGCGCACGACGACCGCUUCCUGCUCGCCUGCAGAUGCGGAGGCAAGUGGACCCUUGUCUCCAAUGUUUAAUAUGAUCAAAUAGUUUAAAAUCUCAUAAUUAUAAAUAUAAUAUAGAGUAAGAAUAAAUGUUUUUAAUUUUA